CUCCGUUUCAUAUGAUUCUCAUUCGCAGAGAAUUGUGUUAAUUCCAUAUCCCUUUCAUCAAUAAAGUGCACACUAAUUUCUUUGCUUCCUAACAGUACCAUUCUCUUAACUUGUAUUUCUAAGUAUACCCAUAUUAAUAAUAAUACUUAUCCAAAACUAUUGCUUCACUGGCUGUUCAUGGGCAUAAUUUGUGGCACCUUACUAUCAAAAGCAACAGUCAUCAUAAUAUUGUUAACCAUAAAUUGUUUGUUACUAUUCACUCAGAGGCCUGUGCCAAUCCGUCUCCAUCAGCGGAAACAGCAAAAACACCAGAUCUUCAACAUCAUCAGCCACCAGUUGAGCUUCCUGUUCACUGGAAAGAUCAGCUUCCCCCUUUCCAGCAUGAGUGGAUCCGGAACACUGUAUUUAAAACAAACUUAAAAACCGGCAAGCCAGAGCUAGUGUCCCAGCUGAAGCUUUGGUGGUAUCCUCCCCAGCCCCCUCUAAUUAACACGCAGCCACCUGCCUCUCCUGACCUCUUCUUCUGCCGACCACUUUUUCUGUGGAUGCCGCUGAAGAUGUGGUUGUUUCCACUUGUCUGUGUUCGCCUAAGCUGUGGUAAGCACAGACUAACAGCUGCUGGAAUUUACCGCACGGUGCGCAAGGUCCUCGACAUCGACAGCUGGUACGACCUUGCCACUGAGUAUCUGGAGUGCAAGCGGUGCAAAAAGAAGUAUCCUGCCUGGUCCGAGGACAUCUUAGGACAGCUGGAUAUUGGCCACCGUAGUCAGUUCCCAGCUUUGCUGACAUACAGAUACUCAUGUGACAACCGGGUAGUUAGGAUGAUGAGGGAGAGGACACUGGGCAACAGUGUGACUCAGCUUUUCAAAAAGCUGAUGGAGCAACACAGUGAGGCAUGGACACAGCGAGUCUUGCAGUACCUGACUGCCUGUGAACCAUUCACAAGGUCCUCCCUUGUGCAACCUCCUGUGUUUGCUGAGCCUCCCCUCUUACCUGCCAUACCCAAACCUAAGUGGCUGUUAGCCGUCUAUGCCAGGGAUGUUCUGGGGCGACUGCACGAGGUCAAAGCCAAAAUCACCUCCGUCUUUGGCUGUGUUCUAAAGAUGGACUCCACAAAAAAGGUAUGUUUAUAUCCAGACAUUUGCCAGAUAUGGAUAUGUGUGCGUACAUAUUUAACACAGUUUUAUUUUUCCUAAUAGAUCACAAAGAAACUUGCAGGUGCUGCUGCGGGAACAGCUGCCUGGUGCACUAAUGUGGGGAACGAACACGGUCAAGUCCUUGUCUCUGUGCUGUCAGCUGCCGAGGGUCAUGGACUGGACCCAAUGGCGGCCGGGCUGAUGAAGCGUUACCGGGAGGCAGGAGAGGCAGCCCCGAAAGUAAUGUACGUGGACAGAGAUUGCUGCAGUCAGCACGGCCAGUCUCCGGUGAAGAUCAUGUUUCGGGAGUGGGAUGAGCUUGAAGUGCGCCUUGACAUCUGGCAUUUUAUGCGCCGGUUUGCUGCAGGUGUCACGACAGAAGCUCAUCCGCUCUACGGCAUCUUCAUGGCACGUCUGUCCACGUGCAUCUUUCAGUGGGAUCCAGAAGAUGUGGCCGCUCUUCGCCAGGCAAAGGAAGGUGAGCUGGCGGCAAAAAAGACUGGCCACAUUUCACAAACGGCUCUCAGUGCUCGCAUAAACCGGAGGGAGCUAGCACUGCACUGCCGUAGGAGGACCAGAGGUGUGGAGGAGACCACCUGUCUGAUUGGAAAGCUGUUGGACCAUUUUGACAGCGAGCAUGGGAAGGACACUCUGGGUGUUCCUCUGCUGGACCACGAACGGAUCCAGCAGAUAUGGAAGGAACAGCAGAAGCAUAUACAGUGCAUUCAAGACCCAGAGAACUUUCCACUGUACAUGAAGACAGGGACACUGAAGAAAGGCAGUGUGGAGCUGUGUUGUUACAGGUGUGCCCGUGGCUCUACAUCUUUGGAGUCCUUCCACCUCCACCUAAACCGUUUUAUUCCAGGUAUUACAUACAUUUGGAUUGUUUUAUUUUGUAAAACAUAUAAGCACUGUGAUAACUUCCAUUGCUUUAAUGUAACAUUAUUAAACAUUUAAAUAACAUUUGUGAUGUUAUCAGCAUUGACAAAGCUGUCUUGCCUGACAAGUAACUCUGUUUAUAAUGACAAUAAUUUUAAUGUUAGUACAUAACCUAAUAACAUGUUAAUUAAUUCUUCACAUAUUUUUAACUAUUUUAAUUUCCAGGGACCAGUGCCAGUGAUGCGCAUUUUCAGGCCUAUCUCCUUGAGGGCUUGAUGCGCUGGAAUGAUGACCGGAUGGAAAGCACCAUAAAAGGAGCAUCCUCCAUACGGUCAUAUGGCAGUGCCAUGAGAGAGGCUGUGGACAGGCUUAGCCGAGCAGUCUUAGGGAAGCCCUGGGAUAACCGUUAUCACCCUCCUGGAGCAUAUACAGGCAAGAAAUUCAUUAACUAGUUGUUAUAUAAGUGAUUUAUUAAGCUUUAAUGUACUUCACAAAAUGUUUAUCUAAAUAUUUACUUUAUUAUUAGUUUUA